ACCAACUAUAUAGCGACAAGAGACUCGUGUGUAAUAUAUAUCCUACAGCAACGACAGGGAAAUGUUCAUCGAGACUUUUUACCUAACCGUUUAGCCGAUAGACGUAACACCAUCGUGACCUGUGCACGGUGCGCAUAUAACUACCUUAACGGUGGAACGUGCAGUGGCAAAGUGCGUGUUCAAUCAGCACUGUCCGCAUGACGGAAUAACAGAGAGAUAUAUACAAGUUUAUUUCACCGUAGAACAAACUCUUGUUAAUUUAUCUCUUGUGUUUAAAUCAUCCAGUGCCGUGUAGUGUGGUGUAUGCUGACCUGUGUGUAAGGAAUAACUCCUCAAUCCUGACUACCUUGUAAUGUUUAUGUUAAGUGCCGGCCAAUCGUUUUCUGCGUUUAAAAAUCUACUUUGAAGCGAACAGAUACGUAGAUAAAAUAUAGAUAGGUAUCUAGCAAUGGAGUGUAAAAGUGCGCGUAUAAAAAUGUGGUCUCUAGUGUGGAUAAGUUUUCUAAUAUUUUUAAUCAAAGUUCAGGCACGUCCGACCCAGUUGCCCAAUACAAAUGAACCAAAAUGUUCUACUUGUCAGCCAGGAUAUUUCGUCCAUAAAAACUGUAGCCGUGAAAGUGACACGAUAUGUAAGCCGUGUCCACACGGUAUGUUUAAUCACCAAUACAAUCUAAGAACCGAGUGUAACCCUUGUUCUAAAUGUGGACCAGGUCUGUUCGAAUUAAAACAAUGUACGCAAAACUCGGACGUGUUUUGUGAGUCGUGUGCCUCCAAACUUCACAAAAAUUUAAAAAUUUAUUUGGAAUUUUGUUUGGGUUAUGAUGAGGAUGUGGCGGGAAUGCAAGCAGACGAGGGUUUUACAAACAAAGAUGGCGGCGCUUCUGAUGAAACGGAUGUAAACAAUGUCAAGGACAAAGACGCCAAAAAUAAAAAUGAUGAAAAGGUUGAAAUCACGGACGAAGGAAGUGGCGAAGUGAUAGAAAACUUUUUUGAUCUGGAAAUAACAUUGCCGCCAGCAGAGGUCGCCGAAGACGAGUUGCUUCCCUUUCAUUCAAAUCAAAAUGAAGAUUCUAACGAGUUAUUGAAGGAUUCCGUUGAAUUAAAACCCGAUGAUAUAUUGGAAGGGAGUGGUGGGGAGAUCAACGUCCUGUUAACGCCGACGACAUAUCCGUUCCUUGAAGAUCUAGCGUCAUCUGGAGAAGGGGAGGUAAUCGAUACAGACUACCCGGAAGUCAAUGAUACAGUGGAUACCGUAAUUAUUGGAUCAGAUAAAUACAGAACACAUCCACCAGGUGGCAAGAGGAGAGGUGGUGACGGAGAUAGUGAAGUGGUUGUUCUAUUUCCACUUGAAGAAGAAGACGAUGAUGAUGAUGAUGAUGAUGGUGAUGAUGAAAUGACUAAAGAAGAAGAGAUCCACGCGGCAGGGGUAGAUAAUCGACAAAGAGCUAUUAUUAUUAUUGGUGUAGUAGUCGGUGCUGUAGCAUUCUUUACGUUAAGUUUUGUAGCCAGUCGAUAUUACAGACGGAAACGUUCCUUUAAAAUUAUACAGGACGACGGUGAUAAUAAGGACUUAGAAGUUAACGGAAGUAAAGAAGCCAUAGAAUUUGACGACAUGAGUACAGCCAACACCAGAAGUUACGAUGAACCAGAUACAAAUGGUCGAUAUAUCAAAACACUUGAUUUGGAACCUAAUGGAACCAACAAGACGGCAGACGAUUCGAAAAAGUCAGCGAGACCUCGGAGUGGCUCUACUGAACUAGAUAAACACGUAAAUGGUAUUGAUAGAAUGAAAUAUAUGGACGAGACGGACGCGGAAGUAUCGGAAGAUGAGGCUGCUUCGGCAAAGCUUCUGCCUAAACAAGAUGGUGCCCAAGAUGGCGCUCAAGACGCAGCAGCAGGCGGUCAAACGACGUCACUGACUGACGUCGUUCUUGAUAAAUUGGAUCAGCGUUUAUCGCCUAUAGAAGAAGAACGCGCACCCAUGUUACCGAAAUCGGGCAAAGGUGCGAAUGGAAAGUAAAAUGAAUAAAAAGUGAACAGUUGUUUAUAGUGUGUAAACAAAUAAGAAACAGACUAUUUCACGCGUUAGUGUUGAAUUUCUGAACAAAAGAACUUUUGGAACAUUUUAAACUAAGCCUACAUAAAACUAAUGCUUACCAUAUAGGCCUGUUAAGGAUAUUUAGGCCUAAUAAUAGUCAAUGGUACAAACAUAUCGUCAGCAUUUUGUCUACUUGAGGUACCAUUUUGUAUUAUAUUUCUUGUGAAUUAAAGAUGCAUUAUGUAAGAUUUAGAGAAGGAGCUGACCGUUCUUGCUAUAAUACUUCAAGGAUCCACGGUGUCUCAGUGAGUAGGAUUUUGGCUGGAGGUCCCGUGUUCGACCCCUGCGUUGGCCGAGAAAGUACAUCGGGAUUUUCUGGUGUGGUUCCCUGUUGUAGAACGGAGAGUUUGGCAAGGGACAACAUAUAGUCGUUCGAAUGGGACGAAAAACCGAGGUCCCGUGUACAUAUUGGCGUUCACAUAAAAGUACCAUUGACAGUUGAAUUUCGAAAUAAGAGUAGGCCACAGUGCCGCUCUCCGGGCAAAAUUUCCCUCAUAGCACACGGCUCCCAGUAGGAGCAGAACAGAAGGACGUUAAACUCCAUUUCAUUUCAUUUUAUAGUACUUUAAAAAUAGAUACGGAAAAAUGAAUAUAAUGAAAAUUUCAGUCAAAUUAAUUUAUUCUGAGCGAAGUUAUGAGUAUGUGAAGUUUUGACAAGAAAUAGCCGAUGUUGAAUGACGCCCAUUUUAACGUUAACCGCUUAUAUGGCGUGGAUGGUCUAAACCAUUCAAUAUCUAAACCAUCCUAUGGUCUAGAGGGCUGAUUAUGAGAUUUUCAUGUGAAUAAAUGUCUAGAUAAUAUAACAUUUAAAAGCUAGAAAAAAGAUUUAGUUUUUACAUAAUGCAUCUUUAAAUUCAUUCACAUGACAAGCCUAUGAUAAACCCGCUGGAUCAUCGGAUGGCCGAGAUAUAAAUGGAUUUGAAAACCCGUGAGAUUUAAAAAAUUAGCGAUAAAAUGAAUAAAUAUCUUAGUCUCGGUUAUCAAAUAAACGAUUUACGCCACAUCUUCAAACAGUCAUAACUUCGCUCAGAAUAAAGUAAUUUGAAUGAAAUUUUCAAUUUAUUCAUUUUUGAACUAUUAUAGCAAAUUUAUCUAUUUUUGAACUAUUAUAGCAAGAACGGUCAACUUGUUAUCCAAAUCUUACAUAAUGCAUCCUUAAAUAUUUUUGCAAUCUGAUUAAAACACAGAUCCUAUUUCGUUUUUAUAGUUCAAAAUUUCGUUUUACUUGUCUUUAGUACACUAGGAUCUGGAAGGUUUGUUAUAUUACCGGCGUUUUAGUUCAUAUGAGGGAUAAGCCAAUGAAACAGUCUGUUACGGCGGCUUCUUAGCGUGCUAUACACGGACCUGUGGGUAAACCACUAGAAACGUCAACGUUGAUUGAUUAAUCAAUGUCUGACGUCAUAGGGUGAAAGGCCGCUCAUAUGACCCCUGACGUGACCUUCCAGUACAACUGGUCAGAUCUUCAUGUAGUGUAGGCCAUAGAAAGUAUAAAAAAAAGCGAAACGAAAUAUAGAUCUGUAUUCUAAUCAGAUUUAUAUUUUUUGUUUUUUAUUAAGGAUGAUUGAGUAUAGUUUAGUUGCAUGUACGAUCUGUGAAUUUCAUUGUGUUUUUGGAUGAUGAAAUAUGUUUAACAAUUUAUUUAUACCAGUUAAUUGUUCUGAAUGAUGUUUAUAAUUUUAAUGUGUGAGCCAUCAGUUUUAAUCUCAUAGGCCUACUACUUCUUCUAGAACAUCUGAUACCACUUGUAGAACACAUGAUACUACUUAUCAUGUUUUUGAGAAAUUCGCAUGGCUAAAAUGUAUUUUGUUGCCUAUGUUUUUACAAUCUGAUUAAAACACAGAUCCUAUUUCGUUUCGUUUUUUUGAUAGUUCAAAAUUUCAUUUUACUUGUCUUUACUACACUAGGAUCUAGAUUGUUAUAUUACUGGGGUUGUGGUUGAAGUGAGGGAUUAGCCAAUGAAACGACGAGCUCUUGGCGUGUCAUGCACGGAACUGUGGGUAAACCACUAGAAACGCCAACGCUGGUUGAUUAAUCAAUGUCUAACGUCAUAGGGUCAAAAGCCGGUCGUUUAACCCUGACACGACAUCCCACUGCAACUGGUCAGAUCAUCUUGUAGUGUAGGCCAUCGAAAGUAUAAAAAAAACGAAACGAAAUAUAGAUCUGUAUUAUAAUCAGAUUGAUGCUUUAAAACCAAAGUUUUGUAUGUGAGCUUUUGUCAUUAGCGAAGCUUUAUAAUUAUUGCUUCUUAAACAGUCAUGUUUAGCAUUACAAAUAUGGUUUGUAGAGAAAGGGAGAAAUAGGGUUUAACGUCCACUCGACACAAACUAGGUCAUUUGGGAACUAACAUAAGUGUUGAAUUUCAUUUAAAUAAUUCGCUUGUGCGUAGGGAUAUUUAGCUGUGGGAGGAAACCCAAGAACCCGGAGAAAACCCACGAGGCUGGACAGGCUACCCUACUCCUUGUCUCGUACAAGAGGAGAAUGGAAACCACGCCAGUUGACUCAAUGACAAACGAUUCGGCUACCCCAGUUUGGUUUAUAACCUAUUACUAACUAGGCUGAUAUAAAGAACGUAUUUAAGGCCUUUAUUUAUAGGCACUAUGCCAUUUUACUUUGCUUUGCUUAUAUCCUUGGUUAUAGCUUCCGGUUCUAUUGGCAUCCAUUGAUAAAUUUUACACCUGGAAUCCCUGGUCGUCAUUUUCAUUUUUCGGAAAAUUAAAAACACGUUAAGAUUACUUAAAGAUGCAUGCUGUAAGAUUUAGAUAAAGAACGGGUAGUUCUUGCUAUAAUACAUGUAGUUCAAAAAUAGAUAAUGACAAAUUAAUAUAUUGUGAAUUAAAGAUGCAUUGUGUAAGAUUUAGAUAAAGAGUAGACCAUUCUAGCUAUAAUAGUUUAAAAAUACAUAAUGCAAAAUGAUUAUAUUGAAAAUUUCAUUCAAAUUACUUCAUUCUCAGCCAAGUUAUCAUUGUUGAUUGUUUAUUAUCGUAACCAUGGUAUUGGUUAUUCGAGACAUAGCCGCGCGCCUCUCUAUUUUUAUAUUAAAUCAUUAAAUGUUCGAACUAUUCUAAAUUACUUAAAUUCGAAACCACCCGAUGGUCUAGAGGAUUGAUUAUGGUCUUGUCAUGUUAAUAAAUAUCUAAUUAAUAAUUUAUAUAACAUUUAAGGCCUAAAGAAAGGUCUGCAGUAGGCAGAUUUAGCUAUUUAAUGCUAGGUUCUCACUGUCGUGCGAUGCGUUAUCCCUGUUUAGUCCACGAUCUUGUACGUGCAGAAACGUUCGGAUACGUUUCGAUGCGAUCAACACGACUGCUAGGACUGACCACAAUAUAUGACAAGACGUGAUAGGGUCACCACGAUUACUCCACGAUUAAAAACCACGAUUUCAAUCGUAGCUCGAAUCUUAAUAGUGAGAACGUAGCAUAAGAAAGUCGGCCGGAACGUAGCAUAAGAAAGUCGGCCGUGUGUAGGGGUCUUGAGUGAGAGAGAGGGUGUAUCGCGUCCAAUAUUCUCAUCAAUCAUUUAGUAUUGUAACAUUAUCAUUAAGUCAAUUCAAAACUCUUACAAACACGCAUGAAACGGGCAUUUCUUUUCAUUCAUAGCCCACCCAACUGAUGCGUCAUCGUUUGAAUAUACAAUAUAUAUAUAUCAUUGGACAUAAUCUUGUUUCCUAGUAACAACUCUUGCCAGAUUACCUAUCUUUUUAAUUAAACAUUUAUCUUAGGUUUAGUGUGACAUUUGCGUUAUGUGUGAUAAAACAAAUGUAUGGACCUUUAAAAAAAUAUAUCUUAUAUAAUAUAUACAUUAUAAAUGAAGUCCCCCAUUUUGUGUAGCUUGCGACAAACCAGUAGCGAACUAGGUCUUAAUGGACGUACAACACUAUUCCUUGUAACCUUCAAAUAAAGGAAAAUGUAUCACCAUUUACCGGAAGUAACCGAGAUAACGCAGGGUAUUGAGGAAGUGAGUUGCUUUCGUUUAUAAAAAUAAAAUCCAAGACGGCAGGGUCGGAUCCAGAGGAAUGGUUUGCCCCCCCUCUCCCCCAGCCAGCUACAUAAAAAUAACUGUAAAACAACACCUUUUAUGAGAAAAGUCUAACGGUCGUGUGCUUUAUCCUUUAUCUUCAGAUCGUGGGAUGGAAUAGGCAUUCAAAGUGCGAGAUAAUGAUAUAGACAUCAUUAUGUGAAAUUCAUUAUAAAAAUUGACGUCAAACGUGGUGUUGGGUUUCUCUCUUUAAAAAGCUCAGUGUGUAUGUCAAUGUAUGCCUACGUAAUUUUGAGGCGGUGAUGGCAUCAAGCAUUGUCAACUGUCAAAUUUCCUUAACAGGAACCUGCCAAACCCCUUCCAACAAAUAUUCCUGGAUUCGUCCCUGGACGGACGAUCACUGGAUCGGGCUGUAUUGAAAUAGUUACUUUGAAUAAGCCACACCGAUGAUAUAGGAGCUUAAAGAAUAAAUUCAGAAGCUUAUUGGAUAGCAAUAAUUAUGUUUCUUGGCAAUAGGUAUUUUAUUUUGUUGCAAUAAAUCCAGGUAGCGAAAACAUUACGGUUUCAUUGGGUAUUAUAUUCACUUUGUUGUUCACCUAUUCCUUGUAAAGUGAACUUAAUGACGUGUCUAUGUUUUAGUCUCUGGCAAACUACAAUAUUGCAAUCUGAUUAAAAUACAGAUCUAUAGUGAGUGAGUGAAAUAGCUUUAUUUAACGUCCGCUUCCGCCGAUGUGAUAUCGCGCCGACAAUACAGAUCUAUAUUUCGUUUCGUUUUUUUUAUACUUUCGAUGGCCUUCACAAAAUUUUGAACUAUAAAAAACGAAACGAAAUAGGAUCUGUGUUUUAAUUAGAUUGACAAUAUUGUGAACGUUGAAUCUCUAAAAGGAAUGCCAAUCGAAAAUUCGUUCGAUACCUUUCAAUAGGCUUAUUUAAAAAAUACAGGGCGUACUCGAUUGAACGUUCCGGAAUUGAAUUCUCUCAAUCCCAAAAAUAAUGACAAUCGAGUGAAAAUGGGUACUUCGGGCUACAACGCAUGCGUCGGCUGGAUAUAUAAAUAUCUCAUCCAACCAUGCAGCCGAAACCUGUUCGUCGUGUUUAAUUACGUCACAAUUCUACUCACACCACCUCCGUCGUCGGGACUGACAGAACUGUGACAGGACUGAAUUCCGCGUCACUCGAUUGCAAUUUUGUCAAUUCGGGACGUUCCGGGCUGUGAAUCGAGCAUCCCCACAAAAAUAUGAUGAAUUGAAAUAUCUAUCGUUGUUAUUUUGAUUUAUGUUUUUUUUUAAAUUAAAUGUGGAGUAAUCAAUCUGAAUUUGAUAAUGUGGGAAUAAUGCAAACGAUGAUCCGCGACUUUAAGGAAACUCAGAAUUGCAAGGGUGGAACUGUGACCCGUAUAUCCGGGAACCACUUCUCUGUUGGGCGGUUCCCACAAAAUAAAGCUGGGCUAUUCUUCUUGGUCUAUUUUAACUGCAUCAGGGAUAUUAAGGACAUCUUGAAUCGCAAGGGACGAACUGUGACCUGGAUCUCCUGUUCUAAUGGGCGUAAAAUUGAGUUAGUCUGAGUGGCAUUGUCAUACUUUACAGCAUUUUUAUGUUAUAACUCUAGGUCGGCGACUGUUGGGACACUUUGCGGGUGCUCGAUUGUCAAUCUGGAACGUCCCGAAUUGACGGAAUUGCCCUGUCACAGUUCUGCCAAUCCCUGCCACGGAGGUGGUGUGAGUAGAAUUGUGACGUAAUUAAACGCAACGAAUAUGUUUCGGCUGCAUGGUUGGUUGAGAUAUUUUCUUAUUCAGCCGACGCAUGCGUUGUAGUCCGAAAUACCUCUUUUCACUCGAUUGUCACUAUUUUGGGGAUUGAGAGAAUUCAACUCCGGAACGUUCAAUUGAGUACCCCCAAUGGGUGUGCUCGAUUGUCAAUCCGGAAUGUUCCGAAUUGACAGAAUUGCAAUCAAGUGAUACGGAAUUCUGCCAUGUCACAGUUCUGCCAGUCCUAACAGAGGAGGUGGUGUGAGUAGAAUAUGUUUCAGCUGUCAUGAUUGGUUGAGAUAUUUUUUAUGCAGUCAGCACAUGCGUUGUAGGCCUACUCCGAAAUUCUCCUUUUCACUCGAUUGACACUAUUUUUGGAAUUGAGAGAAUUUAAUUCUGGAACGUUCAAUCGAGUAUCUUCAUUGAAUCGCAAGUAUAGAAUCGUUACCUUGAUCUCUGAGAACUGCUGUUCUAAAGGACGUAAAAGUGAGUUACUCGUCCGGGUAUUGAUUGUCAUACUGUUCAGCAUUUUGACACUAAAUCAGCCACUUUAAUGACGCUUUGAAUCGCAAGGGGAGAAAUGUUGCCUGGAUCUCUCAGAACUAUUGUUCUAUAGUUCGUAAACUGCAGUUACUCUGAGGGACUUUGCCAUAUUUUACAGCAUUUGUGUUUUUUCUCUAUAUAUUUCUUGUAUCAUAAAACAUGUUAAUAAUGUGAAUAAUUUUGCAUAAUUUGGUGCUUUUUUUAAAACUAUAACUUUUACUCUAUAUAUUAUAUUAAUUAUGUAAAUGAAACUUUAUGAUUGCUAGAAAGUUGUACAUGUUUGUCAAGUGUAGUAAUGUUAUAAAUUGAACUUUCAGUAUAUAAUCGCCUAUUUAAA